UUCAUUUUUCAAAGCAGUGAGAGACGCGCUUUGUCUCUAUUGUGAUCAAACCACACGAGGAGAAGACCUACAGGAACAUAAAGCAGCAGAAACACUGGAAACUUAAAGCAAGAGCAGCAUUUCUCAUUUUAGUCGUGAAGAUCUUUGAAUCCUGGAGCUCACUGACCGCAACUUGGUAUCAGACAACUCACAUGUGGGAUAUCGACUACUUCCACCAUGGAACCUGCCAGAUCAGAAAUGAGUAUCCUUCCCAAUGGGAAAGGUCAUGACCUGGGAGAGGAAAUGUGCAUGCCGAUGAAGACUAUGAUGGAGGAAGAACAAAACGGUACCCAUCACGGCAGGUUUGAUAAUCCUGACAGCACACUUGCUGAGAACAUUGAGUUCCUGCCCAACGGCGAGGGAAAGAAGCCACGUUUCACUGAUUUUGAGGGGAAGACCUCUUUUGGCAUGUCAGUCUUCAAUUUGGGCAAUGCCAUUAUGGGCAGUGGGAUAUUGGGAUUGGCCUACGCUAUGGCCAAUACUGGCAUACUGCUUUUCUUGUUUCUCCUCACGGCUGUAGCUGGUCUCUCCUGCUAUUCUAUUCACCUCCUGCUGAAGUCCUCCGGUGUUGUGGGAAUCAGAUCUUAUGAACAGCUGGGAUUCAGGGCCUUCGGAAUGACAGGGAAGAUGGCAGCCGGAAUCGCGAUCACUCUUCAAAACAUUGGUGCCAUGUCCAGUUACUUAUACAUCGUCAAGUCCGAGUUCCCACUGGUUCUGCAGGCGUUUUUGAAAGCAGAUACCAAUUCAGGGGAAUGGUAUCUCAAUGGAAACUACUUGGUGGUGCUUGCGUCUCUCUCUGUCAUCCUGCCUUUGGCUCUAAUGAAACAGCUGGGUUACCUUGGUUAUGCCAGUGGUUUUUCGCUCAGCUGCAUGGUCUUCUUCCUCAGUGCAGUCAUCUAUAAGAAGUUCCAGAUCCUGUGCCCAUUCGAGGAGUUUUCAGCCAAUAGCACGCUGGCACACGCUCAUUUAAACGCGACAACUAACCACGCUCACGGCUACCAUAACGGACAUGUGAUGGUGGACGACUCCUACUGCAGCCCGCAGAUGUUUACCGUCAACACACAUACCGCAUACACCAUCCCCAUUCUGGCCUUCGCUUUCGUCUGCCACCCUGAGGUCCUGCCCAUCUACACUGAGCUGCGCAACCCAACUCAGAGGAAGAUGCAGCACAUUUCCAACAUUUCCAUUCUGAUCAUGUACACUAUGUACUUCCUUGCUGCACUCUUUGGAUACCUAACAUUUUACACUAAUGUUGAGGCCGAGCUUCUGCACACAUACAGCAGGAUUGACCCCUACGACAUUCUCAUCCUCUGCGUGCGUUUGGCUGUGCUCACCGCCGUCAUGCUGACUGUGCCCAUCGUUCUGUUCCCAGUGCAACAUCCGCUCCGUGUCUUAUCUUCAUCUUCCCUGCUGUCUUCUACAUCCGUAUUGUUCCCAAGGAUAAAGAGCCAAUGCGCUCUACUCCUAAAAUCUUUGCUGCCUGUUUUGCUGGACUGGGCGUGUUGUUUAUGAUAAUGAGCUUGAGCUUCAUCAUCAUUGAUUGGACGACAGGCAGCAGCAGUGCUCUGGGUGGCCACUAGGAGACAAACUCUGAUGAUGAAUGUGUGUUUUUGUGUAGUGCCUUUGUAUGAGAGUGUGUGGCAUACUUUAGGUUAGUGAUGUAACAUCUCAUUUAUUUCUAUCCAUAUUUUUCUGCCCGUUAUGACACAGUGGAUACCCUAUCCCGCUGUGGGAAGACAAAAGGUGAGGGGGACCCAAAUCAACACCCCAGUUUACACAGAUAGCCCUCCGUCAGAUAAUGGGGAAAACUGCAUUACUCUUAUAAAAAAAACCUUUUGAUAAAUUCAGAUUGAUGUUUUAUGUUUUAAAACCUGUAAAAGUGCUGAUCUUGUCUAUUUGGGCAGAGUUUUUUUAUUUAUUGAAGGGUUAGUGCAUCAUCACUUACCCUGUAGAAAUAUGCUGUUAUGGCUUCAGUUUGCUUGUCGUUAUUUUUAUUAACUCUCUCACGCUCUGUUUCAUCAAUCCAGGGAUCUUAUACUUGACACGACUUGACUGCAAGUACCGUAGAAACACAUAAUUGCAUGAUUUCUUUUAAGUGACAGCAAGCUAUAUAUCAGAUUUUUACAUAUUUAAUUCUGCGUAUUACUUUGGACAUUGAACAAGGAUAUUGUAGAGGUUUUGAUUGCUCUCUGGGAGUUGAAUGAAGCGGGCUAGUUUGGUAAAGAUGGAUCGGUAGAUGGUUUACUCUCCAGGGGGCUUUGGACAGUCAACGAGUAACAUUACCACCUAUUUUAGGUAACUUGCAGUGUUUUCGGUCAAGUGAGAGUGCAAUUUAUCAUAUCGCACAAUUUCACUGUGCCAAAGCGAAGGAUUUCUAUAAUCAAACUAUCAUGAAAUAUAUUUUCUGUUUUCCUAAAGUAUGCACAGUAGACAUAGAAUGCAAGGCAAGCCUUAAUCACAUGGAGAUUUGAACAGUGAAAAAUGUAUUUAUUUAAUUGUAUUGAAUAUAUUUUGCAGUUCGUAUGAGUAUUAGUGUAAGAGUAUUAGUGUUAUAGUAUUAACGUGUACAAUGACAGUGUCCUUUAUCAUUUUUGUUUGUGUUGUGUUGAAGAUCAUGAUGCCUGCAUACUCAAGGUCAUUUACACAAACGCUAGAUAUGGACCUCAUAUA